UUGAUUGGCCAAUACAAAGGACAGGGAAUCCCCUCCGAACACACUGUGCCUCGCUAGGCUCUAACGUCAAUCAACACAUGUUUUGACAGUUAGGAUUUUCUUUUUCUGCAUUAUUGUACCACAGUCGAGGGUUGCACCAACAGGAGGAAGAUGAGGUGGAAAUUACUGUAUAUAGGUGUUUUGGGACUUAUUUUAAUGUCGGGGCUAUGUGCGGCCCAAGAAGAUGUAGACGAGGAUGUAACAGUAGAAGAAAGUGUGGGCAAAAGUCGUGACGGCUCCAGAACUGACGAUGAAGUCGUUCAAAGAGAAGAAGAGGCUAUACAAUUAGAUGGUUUGAACGUAGCGCAGAUGAAAGAGCUCCGCGAUAAGUCCGAGAAGCAUCAGUUCCAGGCUGAAGUUAACAGAAUGAUGAAACUUAUCAUCAACUCUCUGUACAAGAACAAGGAGAUUUUCCUCAGGGAAUUAAUUUCCAAUGCCUCUGAUGCUUUGGACAAGAUCCGAUUCAUGAGUCUCACUGACAAAGGAGCUAUGUCUGCCACAGACGAGCUCAGUAUCAAAAUUAAGAUAGACAAGGACAAUCAUGUCCUCCAUGUAACAGAUACUGGUAUCGGUAUGACGAAAGCUGAUCUUGUCAACAAUCUCGGAACCAUCGCUAAAUCUGGUACUAGCGAGUUCUUAAAACACCUUGGGGAUGCAAACUCCGCAACUGAGAUGAGCGAUCUCAUUGGACAGUUCGGUGUUGGUUUCUACUCAUCGUUCCUUGUUGCUGAUCGUAUCAUUGUUACUUCUAAACACAAUGACGAUGAGCAAUACAUUUGGGAGUCCGACUCCGAGUCUUUCUCCAUAACCAAGGACCCCCGUGGCAACACACUGGCUCGUGGUACUACAGUCUCCCUUCACAUGAAGGAGGAAGCCAACGAUUACUUGGAGGAAGCCACUCUUAAGGAACUCAUUCGUAAAUACAGUCAGUUCAUCAACUUCAACAUCUACCUGUGGACCAGCAAGACGGAAGAGGUUGAGGAACCCCUUGAUGAGGAGGAGACGAAGGACGAAGCUGCAGAGGAAGACAAAGAUGAGGAUGAGGAUGAAGAAGGAAAAGUAGAAGAAGAAAAAGAAGACGAAAAGCCGAAGACAAAGAAAGUUUCGAAGACUGUGUGGGAUUGGGAACUCAUGAACAGUGUCAAGCCAAUCUGGACCAGGAAAUCUAGUGAAAUCAGUGACGAUGAAUACACAGAAUUUUACAAGUCUAUCAGUAAGGAUCAAGAAGAACCAAUGGCCAAAGUCCACUUCACAGCCGAGGGAGAGGUCACCUUCAAGUCCAUUCUCUAUGUACCAAAGACCGCCACCCCAGACUUGUUCCAGAACUACGGCAAACACACCGACCACAUCAAGAUGUAUGUGAGGAGAGUGUUCAUCACCGACGACUUCGCGGACAUGAUGCCAAAAUAUUUAUCUUUUGUUAAGGGUGUGGUUGACUCCGACGACCUUCCACUGAACGUAUCCCGUGAGACUCUGCAGCAGCACAAACUGCUCAAGGUCAUCAAGAAGAAGCUGGUCAGGAAGACGCUCGACAUGCUCAAGAAAAUCGACAAAGAUGACUACGAAAAGUUCUGGAAAGAGUACAGCACCAGCAUCAAGCUAGGAGUAAUUGAAGACCACUCCAACAGGACCCGUCUGGCCAAGCUUCUCAGAUUCUCCUCCUCCAACUCGGACACUGAACUCACCAGCUUGGCUGAUUACUUAGAGAGGAUGAAGGACAAACAGGAAACCAUUUACUUUAUGGCAGGAUCUAGCAGGAAAGAGCUUGAACAAUCUCCAUUUGUGGAACGUCUACUGAAGAAAGGGUACGAGGUCCUAUACCUUGUCGAGCCUGUUGACGAGUACUGUAUCCAGUCUUUGCCUGAAUUUGAUGGGAAGAAGUUCCAGAAUGUCGCUAAGGAGGGUCUGAAACUUGACGGAGACAGCGAGAAGGCAAAGGAAAAUAAAGAAGGCCUGCAGAAGGAGUACGAACCCUUGACCGCCUGGCUGAAGGACGAAGGACUCAAGGACUUGAUCGAAAAGGCCACCGUCUCCGAGAGGUUGAGUCAGUCACCAUGUGCACUCGUCGCUAGCCAGUACGGCUGGUCAGGAAACAUGGAGAGGAUCAUGAAAUCUCAGGCCUAUGCCAAAGCCAAGGAUCCAACGUCCGAGUACUAUGCCACACAGAAGAAGACCCUCGAGAUCAACCCUGGCCAUCCUCUAAUUAAGGAACUGAAGACAAAGGUGGAGGCUGAGGACGCAGGAGCUAAAGAUCUUGCCCUCAUCUUAUACGACACCGCCACCCUCCGCUCUGGAUUUGUCAUCAAGGACUCAGCAGAUUUUGCCCAGAGAAUCGAAGCAAUGCUGCGAGCAUCUAUGGACAUUCCAAUGGAUGCUAAGGUGGAUGAGCUACCCGAUUUUGAGGAGGAGGAAGCUGCGGCUGAUGAUGAUGCCGAAGAAGUGAGCAGUGAGGAUGCAGAUCAGGAAAUGUGUACAAAUUGCCAUGGACGGAAAUUAUUGUGGUUUGGGCAGGACGAAGAGAAAGAUAGUGAUGGCGACGGUAUACCGGAUAGCAAAGAUGACGACGAUGACAACGAUGGCAUUCCAGAUUCACAGGAUAACGACGCCGAUGGUGAUGGAAAACCAGACAGCGAGGAGUAUUGUGACAAAGAUGGAGGAUGCAAAGGGAUGAAAGAUUCAGAUGGUGACGGUAUUCCAGACCAUUUAGAUGACGAUGAUGAUAAUGAUGGUAUCCCUGAUGACAAAGAGAAAGACACCGACGGUGACGGAAUUCCGGAUUAUCUUGAUGAUGACGAUGACGGCGAUGGAAUUCCAGAUCACCUAGACGACGACGAUGACGGAGAUGGAAUUCCUGAUGACCAGGAAAUUGACACAGAUGGAGAUGGUGUACCCGACUAUUUAGAUGAUGACGACGAUGGAGAUGGAAUACCAGAUUAUUUAGACGAAGAUGACGAUGGUGAUGGAAUACCCGAUAAUCUUGAAGAUUCAGAUGGCGAUGGUAUUCCUGAUAGUAUUGAUGACGAUGAUGAUAAUGAUGGUAUCCCUGAUGACAAAGAGAAAGACACCGACGGUGACGGAAUUCCGGAUUAUCUUGAUGAUGAUGACGAUAAUGAUGGAAUACCUGAUCACUUAGACGACGACGAUGACGGCGAUGGUAUUCCAGACGAUCAAGAAGAUAGUGAUGGCGAUGGUAUCCCAGACCAUUUAGACGAUGAUGAUGAUAAUGAUGGUAUCCCUGAUGACAAAGAGAAAGACACCGACGGUGACGGAAUUCCGGAUUAUCUUGACGAUGAUGACGACAAUGAUGGAAUUCCAGAUCAUUUGGAUGACGACGAUGACGGAGAUGGUAUCCCUGAUAAUCAAGAAGACAGCGAUGGCGAUGGUAUCCCAGACUAUUUAGACGAUGAUGAUGAUAAUGAUGGUAUCCCUGAUUACAAAGAAAAAGAUACUGACGGUGACGGAAUUCCGGAUUAUCUUGACGAUGAUGACGAUAAUGAUGGAAUUCCAGAUCACUUAGACGACGAUGAUGACGGUGACGGCAUUCCAGACGACCAGGAGUAUAGUGAUGGCGAUGGUAUCCCAGACCAUUUAGAUGAUGAUGAUGAUAAUGAUGGUAUCCCUGAUGACAAAGAAAAGGACACAGAUGGUGACGGUAUUCCAGAUUAUCUUGAUGAUGACGACGAUGGCGAUGGCAUACCUGAUCACUUAGACGACGACGAUGACGGCGAUGGGAUUCCAGACGAUCAAGAAGAUAGUGAUGGCGAUGGUAUCCCAGACUAUUUAGACGAUGAUGAUGAUAACGAUGGUAUCCCUGAUUACAAAGAAAAAGAUACUGACGGUGACGGAAUUCCAGAUUAUCUUGAUGACGACGAUGACGGCGAUGGAAUUCCAGAUCACUUAGACGACGACGAUGAUGGUGAUGGAAUUCCGGAUAACCAAGAAGAUAGUGAUGGAGAUGGCAUUCCUGAUUACCUUGAUAACGAUGAUGACGGUAAUGGUAUUCCCGAUGAUCAGGAAAAGGAUACAGAUGGUGACGGAAUUCCUGAUUACCUGGAUGAUGACGACGAUGGUGAUGGAAUACCUGACCAUUUAGAUGAUGACGAUGAUGGUGAUGGUAUACCUGAUGAUAAGGAGAAGGAUACAGAUGGUGAUGGCAUACCUGAUUACUUAGACGACGACGAUGACGGCGACGGAAUUCCUGACCAUUUAGACAACGACGAUGAUGGCGACGGUAUUCCUGACGACCAAGAAGACAGUGAUGGCGAUGGUAUUCCAGAUCAUUUGGAUGACGACGAUGACGGUGAUGGUAUUCCCGACGACAAAGAAAGGGACACCGAUGGCGAUGGCAUACCAGAUUAUCUAGAUGACGACGAUGACGGCGACGGUAUCCCCGACCACCUAGACAAAGAUGAUGACGGAGAUGGUAUCCCAGAUGAUCAGGAAGAUAGUGAUGGCGAUGGAAUUCCAGAUCAUUUGGACGACGAUGAUGAUAAUGAUGGCAUACCUGACGACAAGGAAAAAGACACUGAUGGAGAUGGCAUUCCAGAUUAUCUUGAUGAUGACGACGAUAACGAUGGUAUUCCAGACGAACUGGAUGACGAUGACGAUGGCGAUGGUAUACCUGACGACAAAGAAAAAGAUACAGACGGCGAUGGUAUUCCUGACUAUCUCGAUGAUGAUGAUGAUAAUGAUGGUAUUCCGGAUCAUUUAGAUGAUGAUGAUGACGGUGAUGGUAUCCCAGAUGACAAAGAAGACAGUGAUGGUGAUGGCAUUCCUGAUAUUCUCGAUACAGAUGAUGAUGGAGAUGGUAUCCCAGAUGACCAGGAAAUAGAUACAGAUGGAGAUGGAAUCCCUGACUAUCUUGAUGACGACGAUGAUGGUGACGGUAUUCCUGAUGAUCAAGAAGACAGCGAUGGAGAUGGCAUACCUGAUCAUUUGGACGAUGACGAUGACGGCGACGGGAUUCCUGAUGAAAAAGAAAAGGACACAGAUGGUGAUGGCAUUCCUGAUUAUCUUGAUGACGACGAUGACGGUGACGGUAUUCCUGACCACUUGGAUGACGACGAUGACGGAGAUGGCAUUCCCGAUAAUCAAGAAGACAGCGAUGGCGAUGGAAUUCCGGAUUAUUUGGACGAUGAUGAUGAUAAUGAUGGCAUUCCUGAUUAUAAAGAGAAAGACACAGAUGGUGAUGGAAUCCCUGAUUACUUAGACGAUGAUGACGAUGGCGAUGGCAUUCCUGAUCAUUUGGAUGAUGACGAUGACGGCGAUGGUAUACCAGAUGAUAAGGAAAAAGAUACAGACGGCGAUGGAAUUCCUGAUUACUUAGACGACGAUGACGAUGGCGAUGGCAUUCCUGAUCAUUUGGAUGAUGACGAUGACGGCGAUGGUAUACCAGAUGAUAAGGAAAAAGAUACAGAUGGCGAUGGAAUUCCUGAUUACCUUGAUGACGAUGAUGACAACGAUGGUAUCCCUGAUCACUUAGAUUCCGAUUCUGAUGGAGAUGGAAUCCCAGAUUUUAUGGAGAAGGAUACUGACGGUGAUGGCGUAGCUGACUUUUUAGAUUUUGAUGACGACAAUGAUGGAAUUCUAGAUGCUUUUGACAACGACGAUGACGGCGAUGGUAUUCCAGAUGACGAAGAGGACAAAGAUGGGGAUGAUAUCCCAGACUUUAAAGACACAGAUGCCGAUGGUGAUGGAAAUGCAGAUAAAAUUCAGGAUAGUGACGGAGAUGGAAUUCCUGACCAUCUGGAUACUGAUGCUGAUGGUGACGGCAUUCCUGAUAACCUGGCUGAUGCAGAUGGAGAUGGCAUCCCAGACAUUCUAGACGAUGACGACGACAAUGAUGGUGUUCCUGAUGAAUUAGACAAAGACGAUGAUAAUGAUGGCAUUCCAGAUGAUAAAGAAUCCAAACAAUGUGAUCAAAAUGGAUGUAAAGGAGUAAAGAAACCCGUAGAUGACGAAGAUGAUGACGACGAUGAUGACAAUGAUGACGAAGAUAAAUCUCAACAGUCCUUAUUUUCAAAAUUAGUUAGUGCAGUAUCAGACUUAAUUUUAUCAAACGAUAAUGAAGAGAAGAAGUCCGAAAGCGUUCGAAAUUUGCCUAGCCCAUCCAGAAAGAAAGACAACGGAAAAUCUAAAGAUCACGAACAAGAAAUUGACUUAUUAGAUUUAUUUUUUGGUGAAGAGGAUGAUAAAAAGGACAGUAAUGAAAAUGAUUCCAAUGAGAAGAAGCGACCAGUAGGAGCGUAACUAUUAGCUUUCUAGUUAACAUUUAUAUAUAAAUUAAUUUAUCAAUUGUUAAAUUAUCGGAAAUGAAUUAAACAAUGAAUUAAUUAUCGCUAAAGUACUAAAGUAUUCGGAAUAUGAAUUUUGUAUAUACAAUUAAAGUAAUAUACAGCUCAUCGUAAAAUGUCAGGGGAAAAUAUAGAUAUCUUUAAUUAGAAAAGAUAUUCAAAACAUUUUGAUAUAUGCAAAUACGAAAACAUUCUGCAUAUCUGCUAGUUAUGAUGUGUUUAACUUAUAAAAAGUAAAAACGAUACACGUGUCUGCCGGAACACGAUAAAUCAUGUAUUUAUAACGAUAUUUUGAACAUACCUAUAGUGACUGCUAUGACACUAUUUUUAUAUACAAUAUAUAUUACUAUGGUAAAUGUUAAAUAUUACAUGUUUAACAUGAUCGUUGCGUUAAGUCAUGUCAUGUCUAUUUCAACUCGGUUUCAGUAGAAACACAGAGAGCAAAAUAACUACGUAAGAUAUAAUUAUAUAUUUAAUAGAAGUAAUUAUCAGACUUCAAGUGGUACUCGAAAAAAUGGAAUCUCAAUUAUCUUAAAACUAUUUUUUUAAUUUGUACAUCGAAUAAAUUGCCAUCGCCGUAAUCUAGGUCACGUGUUAAUUAUACAUUACAUUUUCAAUCAAAUGUGAGGGUGCUAACUUGUAAUAUUAAUUUUUAACUUGAAUUGAUUCUUAGCCAUAUUACUUGACAUCGUGUACAUGUGUUCUCCAUUUAGAAAUUGUCAGGUAUCUUGAGUUAACCCUCGUUCACGCUACGUAAUAUGCUUAUUCUUCAAAUAUUUUAUCCAUAGUGUGACUAGAAAAAAAUAAUAGGAGUAAUGGCAAUCUAGCUUUGUCUCUUUAGCAGAUAUAGACAUCAAAAAUAGAUUUAAUGUAGCAUUGUGUAGUUUUUAUUUAUGAAGUUAAUAUUUACCGUGCAUUAUAUUCCUUAUGUAGCCAAAAUGCGAUUCACUGUUGUCAUACAUUCCUCAGUACAUCAUUGGUGAGAGUUACCUACAGAGCCUGCUCGUUCGAAUUACAAAAUGUCUGUUUAACUUUCAGCACUAGCAAUGAACAUAUCGAAAAGUGUCAUUGAAGAGAGAUACUGAAAAUAAUGAACUUUGUUAAUAUGUUAUUCCUUCGAUUUGCUGAUCAGCUUUAUAAAUUGAAAUAUAUUUUUCAUGAAAAAAAUACUCCUAAAACAAUUAUAAGCACAAUUUAAGACAAUGUUUACCGAAAUUAAUAAUUUAGCAUCCACAGAAAACAUAAUAUACCUACAUGUUGUACAUUUAACGGUUCAAUUGGUGGUGAAUACCAUUUUACGGGACAACGUUUAAAACUUGAGCUGUUGUUUAUGUGAUGGAUGAUAUUGUUUAUAUUUACUCUAGCAUAAUAUAGGCAUAUAUAUCAUUAUGAUUUUGGGUUAAUAGUUUUAUUAUAUAAAUAUAUAGCACCAUAUCAUAACAUAUUGUUGCAGUUACCGCGAUUAAAAAUAAAAAGACAUUAUUGUUUACUGUAAACGUACUUAUUUAAGCGCACUAAAACUUAAGCGCAUUAUUGAAUUAGCGCUAUAAUGAAUUGUCGUAGCCACAGUGUAUAUACACAUAAAGAUAAUUAAGGAAACAUUAUCGUAAUUAAGCGCAAUAGUUAUAGCCAAAUCGCUUGAAUAAUAUCACCGCUUAAAUACGUACGUUUCCAGAAUUCAAACCAAAAUAGAAAUGUGUGCAUUUAUUACGUCGAUAGAAUGAAAAUAUUUUACGAUACUAUUUUCACUUUUAACAACAUGGUGUCUAGUCACUAGUAUAUAUUCAGUCGUUUACUUUAUUGUUGUAUGGUAUUCUGUGUAUAUAGUUUUAAGUGAUGUAUGUGUGUCAUCCACUUUCAUCCAUAUCGUAUCAUUUUUAUGACAAAAACAUAAUAUUUUAACAUUGCUCAAAAGUAUAGUCUUCCAAAUACUGCUAGUAUACUUACAAAAAGUGGACUUUGUUCUAGAAUGCGUAUUUUAAACUGACAUCAGCUAGCUCAAACAAAACGUGGUUUUGUUCUAAUUUGCUCAAAAUCUAUGCAAAUAUAUUUCAAAAUUUGUGCUUUUGCUUAGAUUAAAAGGAAACUGUUGACAUAUCUAUUUCGACGUUAUCAUGACUGGUUUGCUUACAAAAACAUCCAUAUAUCCCAUUCAUGUUUUCCUUAAAAUAUGUUUGACUGCAUUUUUCACACAAUGUUUUUAUUUUUAGAGUUCAAUCUUAAAUAAAUCAAUCAAUGAAUAGCAAACAUAUUUUCAACUCACAUGAUCCGUACUUUCUUGCCAGAUGAUGUUUGUGUAAUAGUUUAAAUAGUUCUAUUGAAUGACGUUAUGAAGAUGUAUGUAAUGUAUGAUUAUUUUUUUCGUGUAUGAUUUAUGGAAUUUUUCGAUGUUUUGAGUUUCCUGUUGCACACUAGUGAUCAUUGUUAUAAAAUGUUUAUAUCAUCACAUUUAUUUGUUUAUUUCACUUUGUCAAUGAUUGCUUCCUUGUGAGUUCAUAUGUUAUGUCCCAGCCAAAAACUGAAAACUUCCAUCUCAGUGGUGAAAUCCAGACGAAUUUUAGGUCGUGUUUACAACCACCAAACGACACGGCUAAAACACUAUAACACCAAAAGUCAAAACCAUGCUUAUUAUUGAAUACUUUAAAGUACAUGUAUAUGUUGCGAAGCAGUUAACAAUCUAGCAAUGAUUCAAAUGAACAACAUGGAAAUCAUUUGUUUUGAUUUCUAAACAUUUGUAGCAAAAUACAUAAAAAAAAUACGAAAAAACGAAUUUCAAUCAGAAUAAAGUACAAUGUAUAAAGAAUGACUUUUUCCUGGUCUUAAUCAUAUUUUUUCUCGAGUGUUAGAUGACUUGAAACUUUACCAAUCCAUGAAAAAAUUGACACGGAAAUCAUGACGCGUUUCAUUGCGAUUUUGUUAGAUUCAGUAACUUAAAAGCAGGUGGAGGUACAGGACAUUGUUAUAUUUAAAUUAAAUGUUUAUGGAAAAUAUCAUUGUUUGAAUUUUUGCCUUUUAUAUCGUUGCUGCCAAAAGGAUUCAAAUAUUCAACUAUUAAAAUGAAAAUGUAUCGCUGCAUAAAAAGUCUCAAAUCUUUGGAGGUUUAUUAAUUUGUAACAAAAGAAUCAACGCGUUUUCUAAAAAAGCAUAAAAAAAAUCAAUAAAUUAAAAAAGACAUGAGUACAAUAAUUUCGUAUUAAUUAAGAACCAUUUAUGUCAUUAAAAAACCCUCUACACUUAUCGUGAGUGAUGGCAGCCGUUUCAUGUGUCAAUUUCUAUCCUCUGUACAUUCGUCAAUAAAUCACUGGGAUGAAUGAU